AUGGCUACUAGAACUCAAUUUGAAAACUCUAACGAAGUUGGUGUCUUUUCCAAUUUAACCAACUCAUAUUGUUUAGUUGCCGUUGGUGGAUCAGAAAACUUUUAUUCUGCUUUUGAAGCUGAAUUAGGUGAUGUCAUUCCAAUCGUGCAUACAACCAUUGCUGGUACACGUAUUGUUGGUCGAAUGACUUCUGGUAACAGAAGAGGAUUAUUAGUCCCAACUCAAACCACUGAUCAAGAAUUAAUGCAUUUAAGAAAUUCUUUACCUGAUUCAAUUAAAAUACAAAGAGUAGAAGAAAGAUUAUCGGCAUUGGGUAAUGUCAUAUGUUGUAAUGAUUAUGUUGCCUUGGUUCAUCCUGAUAUUGAAAGAGAAACUGAAGAAUUAAUUGCUGAUGUGUUGGGUGUAGAAGUGUUCCGUCAAACUAUUGCUGGUAAUGUAUUAGUUGGCUCAUACUGUGCAUUGAGUAAUCAAGGUGGAUUGGUCCAUCCUCAAACUUCGAUACAAGACCAAGAAGAAUUGUCAUCUUUAUUACAAGUUCCAUUAGUUGCUGGUACUGUGAAUAGAGGUUCAUCGGUGGUUGGUGCCGGUAUGGUUGUUAAUGACUGGCUCAGUGUUGCUGGUCUGGAUACAACUGCUCCUGAAUUGUCAGUUAUUGAAUCUAUUUUCAGAUUACAAGAUGCCCAACCAGAUGCCAUUGGAGGCAAUUUAAGAGAUACUUUGAUCGAAACAUAUUCUUAA